GUUCCGGGAAUCCCUCGAAAGCAGCAUUAGGUCUGAUUGGCGUGCGUCCUGGGACAAACGUCACGAGUCCGAAAUCUUCCAUUGAGUAGUAGUUGGUCCGGACAAGAGGAGUGGAAGUGACUUGUAUUUGGAUUACAUUGGGUUGCGUUCGUGUAACUGUUAUUAUAGCUUGGCUAGUUAACGUUAACACUCAGAGGAGCAAGCAGCAGGUGCAUGUGGAUGGCGAUUAAACUCAAUGCAAAGUCCGCUCUCUCCACGCGGCGUAUCCAUAAAAUAUUGAAAGAAUCGAACUAAAAAAAGUACUUGGUUUCGUGAGAAGCGUAAGAAUGCAUUUCGCGGCUUUCCCCUUUCGAGAAUAGCAUGUUAAGCCAAGAAAAAGCAGCGUCUUUCCGUCCCGACUCUCCUCACGCAAACAUGGAGAAAAGUUCAAAGUGAACGUUAACGGUAACUUACCUCAACUGUGACGUCGACAUUCAUGUUAGUUGUAAACUUGGUUUGGUCUUUUUUUUGGAGAAAAACAACACGGCGGAUACAUGGUGAGACUCUAGCACACAUAUUCUCAGGCUAUCACUGGAGCAGAAGAGGCAAUGGAGAAGAAGAACAAGGCGACCGAUCGGACCCUCUCCCCGGUUGACGGUAGAGCCAAAGACAGAGUGGACAGCGUGGAUCCGUAUGGCUUUGAGCGCUCAAAGGACUUUGAUUACGAGUCAUACGAGGAGCUCAUGUCUGAGUAUCUAGUUGUGCUCACCCGACGAUCCAUCAAGUGGUCCAAACUACUGAAGGGCAAACGCAAGGUGCAGAAGAAUGUGAAACUAAAGCGUUAUGUACGUAAGGGGAUUCCCAAUGAGCACCGGGCUCUGAUCUGGAUGGCAGCCAGUGGGGCCCAAGACCAGCUAGAGAGGAACCCAGGAUACUACCAGUCCUUGCUCCGAGCCGAGCAUGACCCCAAGCUGGUGGAGACCAUCUGCACAGACUUGAACAGAACAUUUCCAGACAACGUCCAGUUCCGCAAGACAUCCAACCCAUGUCUGCAGAAAGCUCUGUACAAUGUGCUACUGGCUACUGGCUACCACAACCCAGUUGUGGGCUACUGUCAGGGGAUGAACUUCAUAGCUGGGUAUCUUCUUAUCAUCACAAAAGAUGAAGAGAAGUCCUUCUGGCUGAUGGAAGCACUACUCGGUAGAAUUUUACCUGACUACUACAGUCCAGUCAUGCUGGGGCUCAAGACGGACCAGGAGGUGUUAGGGGAACUGGUGAAAGUUAAAAUCCCCGGAGUCUGGCAGACCAUGAUGGAUCAUAAUGUCAUGUGGACCCUGGUGGUCUCCCGAUGGUUCAUCUGUCUCUACAUAGAUAUCUUGCCAGUAGAGACAGUUUUGCGGAUUUGGGAUUGCCUGUUCUACGAGGGCUCUAAAAUCCUGUUCCGUGUAGCUCUCACACUGAUCCACCACAACCAGGCUCUGAUUCAACAGGCCCAGUCACUGCCGGACGUCUGCCAAAACUUCAAGCAGAUCACCCAUGGGCCAUUUGUUGAUGAAUGCCACACUUUCAUGCAGAAAAUCUUCACUGAACCAGGAAGUCUCUCCAUGGCAACCUUGACUAAGCUGCGGGCGACAAUUCGAUCUCGCAUUAUUACGGAAGAACUCGGCCCAACUGAUCCUGAAAAUUAAUACACAUUCCACUAAGGAUGAGCACCUUAUUUUUUUAUUUUUUUUUUACUGAACUAAUGGCAGUGACUUCUACGGUACAUACGGUCGAGUUUGUGUCUUAAACAUUUUCCUUCAGGCUAUCAUGCUGCCCAAGUGUAAAUAUAUGGUGAGAGGAGAAUAUUCUUAGCAAUGUGCUGUAUGAGCUGACGAUUCCAUUUGAAAUGUAGUUUCUUCUUCUUUUGUUAAAUAAUGCACUUUACUCCAGAAAGUCAGCGACACUGUAGAGAGAAAGCUUGGCAGAGGUCAGCUCAGAUAAAUAAUGUGUUGCACAGUGUGAGGACAGCCAGGAGGCCUACUGCAUUUCACGUCAAAUGGUUGAUUGACAAAACUCCAUGCUGGCACUACCUUCUGUGAAGUCGAAUGUGAAUUCUACUGAUUACAUGACAAGAAACAUAUUUUGUUAAACAAUUUAAAAUCGUUGUACUUAUUGGUUGUGUUCAGGUUUUGAGCAAAUGUAGUAGUUCCUAGUAGACCUCGUAGACCGUUAAUUCAAGUGCACUAUGAUGAAAUGAUUCUAAGUAUAAUUGAAAGGGCUGCUCUCUAUAAAAAAA